AAUGGUUGAAAAGGCUUCCUUAGCCCAACUUAAGAGCUUGGAAUGGGGGCGUCUCUUCAACAUGUUCUAUAUAGAACCGGUGAUUUUCAUGCUGUUGUUCUCGCACAUGCUGUCAGGUACUGUUAUGCGCAAUCAGUUGAUUUAUCAGACCUGCACGGUGAUCUAUCAAUAUAAUGAAACCGACUGCAAGCUGUUGGAUAGUAAAAACACCACAGCGGAAAUUCAGGCCAUUGAAACGGAGCUUCAGGCAUAUGUGGCCAAUAUGUUUUUAACGCGCACGCUCUUCGAAAGUAUUGUUCCAGCCGUUUGUGGUUUAUUUAUUGGAUCCUGGUCGGAUCAUUAUGGCCGAAAACCCCUGCUGAUUGUCUCCAUGGUUGGCUUUUCCGCUUCGGCCCUGCUUGCGUCUGCCAUUUGCUGGCUGUCCAGUUACUAUAUGGUUAAUCCCUGGUGGUACACCUUGGCCGCUCUGCCACACUCUCUGCUCGGCGGUCUGUGUGUCUUUUCGGUGGCUGCUUUCUGCUUUAUUACGGACACAACCGACAUGAAAACCAGACCCUACAGAAUGAUAUUCAUGGAGCUAAUACUUUUUGUGGCCCUGACAAGUGGGUCAUUAUUAUCCAGCUUUGUCUACGCAGCCACAAGUGCCGCCUUUGUACAGAGUCUCUCUUGUUUAAUCAUCAUUUUGGCCACACUUUUUAUUAUAUUCUACCUACCCGAAAGUUUGGGAAUGUGUCCAGAUCAGGACGAAAGUCCCGAGAAGGAAAAGGAAAUAGAAGUAACAGUUUCAGAUCAAAAAGUUAAUGACUUAUCAACGAAAACCUUGGAAAAACGUGAUGAUCCACCCAAGUAUGAGACGAUAGAAAAGCCUCCUUUGGAAAAUAAAGAAGAAGACAAGGCUGGAUUGUUCAGCAUUAAACACGUUAAGGAUAUGUUUAGCACCUGCUUUAAGAGGAGGGAAAAUAAUGCCCACACCAUCAUUUGGCUGGUUACUUUGGCCGGCUUUGUCUCGAUUUUUGUUGCCGAUGGCGUCAUGACUGUGAUGUAUUUGUUCGUGCGUCAACAGUUUCAUUUCACAGUGCGUGAGUUUACUAUUUUCGAGACAGUCAGUCAAUCAAUUCCCAUGCUGGGCGCUGUUUUGGGCAUUCUAAUAUUGAGAAAGCUUUUUGGAAUGUCUGUGGUGUCAUUGGCCUUGCUUUCACUAUUUUCCGAAGUUCUUAGCAAUAUUGCCAGAGGAUUUGCGUUUCUACCUUGGCACUUGUACAUAUCUGUGGUCUUGGGAGUCUUUCGCUCUAUUCAAGGACCCAUGUGUCGAACAAUUGUUUCGAAUAUAGUACCAUCUUCCGAUACGGGUAAACUCUUUGCAAUUGGAAACAUAGUACAAUCAUUUGCCCCUUUUGUCGCCGCUCCUCUUUAUACGGCCAUCUAUAAGGGCUCCCUGGCCAGCAAUCCCGGUGGAUUUAAUUUCCUUAGCGCCGCCUUCUACUUAAUAGCGUUUAUCCUCAUUGGCUGUGUGAUGCGAAUUAAAUUCAAGCACCGAAAGUUCUACGCCGAAACGCUCAAGUAGACAAAGUAAACGGAAUUUCGAUCAAUAUUGAUUGUGGCCAGUUUGCCAACUUUUUAGAGCUUUGUUUAUGCUCGAGUCGAAAGGAGAAAACUUUUGUGUGGACAGCAUUAAAUAACUUGAUUUAUGUGAAGCUCGUUGAAGGAUUAACUAAUCGAAUUCCAAAAUGUCAUGCGAACAAUUUAUCGAACUAUUUUAUUACAUCACAUCAACUGUACAU